UCCGCCCGAUGUCCGUUGCCGCGAAGGCUGGCACUCUACGCUUGUGAGGAUGUGGGAGUCGGGAACUCCGCAAUCGAGAUCACCGUCAAGCAACCACGUGAGCUCAACUGUACCAGUUCGCUCGGUGGUGCUGCUGUCGAGUCUUCGUGUCGCCAAGUUCCCAGAGGGCGUUUCAGGUCUCGUGCCGUGUUCUUCGCUGGUAUGGGAUUUAUCGAUUUUAGGUUCUUUGUUUCGUGAAUUGGGUUUUGCGGUUUUGAAAGCAGUGGGGUUUUAAGAGGCAACAUCAUGGGUAAUACACUUGGGUUAUACCAAGUGGAUCAGGCGACUGUUGCCGUAAAAGAGCGUUUCGGGAAGUUUGAAGGUAUCCUGACUCCCGGUUGCCACUGUACGCCCUGGUGUAUUGGAGUGAACGUUGCUGGAACGCUGUCUCUUCGGGUGCAGCAGCUUGAUGUUCGUUGCGAAACUAAGACGAAGGACAAUGUCUUUGUGACGGUGGUUGCUUCUGUUCAGUAUCGAUGUCACAUUGAGACCGCAGAGGAUGCGUUUUAUAAACUGACAAAUCCUCGGGAACAAAUUAAGUCGUACGUGUUUGACGUUGUGAGAGCCAGUGUGCCUAAAAUGCUUUUAGACGACGUUUUCGAGCAGAAGAAUGAGAUUGCCAACAAUGUUAAGGAGGAGCUUGAGAAGGCCAUGCGGACGUACGGUUAUGAGAUUGUUCAGACACUCAUCGUUGAUAUUGAACCAGAUGAAACUGUAAAGCGUGCCAUGAAUGAAAUCAAUGCAGCUGCUAGAAUGAGGGUGGCAGCUGUCGAGAAGGCCGAAGCAGAGAAGAUUUUGCAGGUGAAACGUGCAGAGGCUGAAGCUGAAUCCAAGUAUCUGUCCGGAAUGGGUAUUGCUCGUCAAAGACAAGCUAUUGUGAACGGUUUAAGGGAGAGCGUAAUGGCCUUCUCUGAUAAUGUCCCAGGGACAUCGCCAGCAGAGGUCAUGGAUAUGGUGCUAGUGACUCAAUACUUCGACACACUGAGGGAUAUCGGUGCUAGUUCCAAGAACUCAACUGUCUUUAUCCCUCAUGGGGUUGGUGGAGCACGUGAUGUGGCUGACCAGAUCAGGAAUGGUUUGUUGCAGGGUGAUGCCGGGAAAGCUCAUGCGAUUUAAGAGACUCUAUUGUGCACAUCUAAAAGUUUUGUAGUUUUGUUCAUUAUAUUUAUUCUUUUUCUUCCGGCGGAUUUAAAAACAAAAAUUGGAAUAGGAAAUGUGAAGAAAAGCGUUCCUGGCUUGACUAUGUAUCCGAGAGAAUUCUGAAGUUAGUGGUUUUGGAUUGUUCCUAGAAUAGCCAAUAGGGUUAAGAAGAUUUUUGGUGAAAGUUUUUUUUGGUUUUUUGGCCUUUUCUCCAGCAGUUUUCAGUUAGAAUAUUGCUUAUGAAAUAUAGUACCAUCGAGUUUCCUUGAUUUUCGUGUACAAAAUAGUCAUCCAUAUGCAAAGGGAAGGCUUUACAGCAAGUUCAGACUUUUUUACACCGUUGAAGACA